GAAAGAAAAUAAAGCAGGGUUUAUGUGGGGGUAAAGGAGAAUGGGAUGAUCUUGUGCCUGAUCAUAUUAAACCCUUGUGGGAAAAAUGGAGAAAUGAAUUAAGUGAGUUGCAGAACCUUAAGUUGCCAAUAUGUUAUAAACCAGAAGGCUUUGCAGAAAUUAAAUCAGUAGAGUUACAUCAUUUUCCAGAUGCCUGCCAAGAUGGCUAUGGACAGUGUUCAUAUAUUAGAUUUGUUAAUGUUAAUGAUGAAAUUAAUUGUUCUUUAGUUAUGUCCAAGUCUAGACUUACUCCACUGAAAGCUGUUACUAUUCCAAGAUUGGAACUGACAGCUCCAGUAGUGUUAACUAAAGUGUCAUGUUAA